ACGAGCGCGCGCGUGUGAAAAGGCGGGAGGGAGCGGCCGCCAUUUUGUUCGAAGUCCCCUUCGUGUCGGACACUAGAGCACUCCGCGCCGGCAGGAAACACAACUUUACAGGCAUGGAUCACGCGUUUUAUGUGGUACAGUCGCCACCGGAAGAUCCUACGAUAAGCCCGGACUUCACGUAUAAGAUGUCUGAAGCCGAGCUGGUAAAGUUUGUGAGGUUACGCGCCGCCAACGAUGCGCUCUUCACCGGAAAGAGGAAUACAUCUGUCAUUGCUUGGAGGGCCAUCUUGAAAGAGAUGGGGAUCCACAGAAAGAUGUCGACCAGUCAGGCAAGAAAGAAGUGGGAAAACCUCAAAAAGAAAUAUAAGGAAAUGAAGAACCCUCCACCAGGCAUCACGGUGAACCCGACCAACUGGCAGUGGUUCUCUCUGAUGGAGGACGCCAUGGAGGGCAGGCUCAGAGACAGCGAGGCCAUGGUGUCCACCAUGUCUCUAGGCGAGGACAGCGACUAUCGCCCGGACAGACCCAGGAGACGAGGCCGUGACACGUUCCGCAGCGACAUCGAGCUCCUCGUCGACGGAGAAGACACGGGUCUCUCAGGCGACACCGGGCGAGAUCUGGGCAGCGAUCGAGACGACAACGAUCACGACAGGGCGCUGAUCGACAGCGACCGGUCCGCUCUAGAGAGCGAGAGGAUGGUCCUGGAUCGAGAGAAGAUGGUCCUGGACAGGGAGAGAGCCGGCCUGGAGAGGGAACUCGCGGCACUGGACCGGGACCGUGCAUCUUUGGAGAGGGAGAAAGCAGCGGUGGAGCGCGACAGAGCCUCCGUGGAGCACGAGCGCGCUCAGCUGGAGAAAAAGAGGGCUGAGAUGGACAGAGAGAGAGCGAGGCUGGAAAGGGACAGAGCAGCACUGGAGAGACAGAGAGCAGGCAUGGGAGGCAUCGCAGGGGACACAACCGAGUGUCAGGAGGGACCCGAGAAAGCGGCGGCGGAGGAGGAAAUCGAGCUGGCGUCCAUACAGAGGAGACAGAAAUUCCUCGAUUUAUUCGAGAAGCUGAUUGAAAACUUUUGAACAAUUUUUGAAGAUGAAAGAAUUAGCUUCUUCUUCAUAUUCUGAGUGUAAUUUUUUUCUGUA